UAAGCUAUAGUUCGUAAUCUGUAGUUUAAUUUCAGAUAUGUAAAUAAUGAACUACUUUCUGCGGAGUUGACGAAUCUCGAAAAAAUGGAAUAUUCAGAUCAUAUGUGCUAUGUUCGCACAGAGGAGUUGGAGAAGAAGGCAAGAGAGUUAAAUAUAGUUCACAGGAGACAUUAUUCUAAACCUGAGUUUCUCGUCUCUAAUCCCAAACAGAGGAAAUGGGGUUUAGUGAUAACUCCGGAAAAUCUGGUUGCUCUGACCAUCAGGCGACAAGAGGACCGGCCUCUUAGUGACCUUGAGACCUUACACUGGUUUCUAAUGAACAAUAGAAAGGAGUGCUUGGCAUAUCCAAUAUCAGAUAAUUUCUCUAGAUUGGAUCUAGUCCCUUCAUUUGUUCCUCUUCUAGACUUCUUAGCGGUGGAUUCAGAAAGGUUUGAUUCUUGGAAAUAUCCUAAUUCUUCAGAACUUAAACUUUUUCAAAAAAAUCGAGGAGUAGAUAUGCAUUCUCUUCAAUCUGAUGAGGAUCGGGUUAAUGUUGUGGUUCGGGAGAUUGUCGUGGGUUCCGCUACUAAGGAAGAUAUGGAUGAACUUUGGAAGUUUUUUCAGUUUCAUCAUGAACUUGAUCAGUCGGUAUUUCCAGGCGGCGCAGUAAGCAUAGUAGUCGAAGGAAUUACAAUACCACAAGGUGAUCAUGAUAGGCUGGUCAAACUAUGCGGAACUCGGGGUUAUCAUGAUACCACAGACUCUUUACAACCCGGAGAAUCAGUAUAUAGAUUACCUGUUAAAAUUCUAAUUGGAAAUGGAUUGCGUUGGUUGAUCUCAAUAACCUGGCCGGUUGAGAAGUUACACAAGAGUCGGAAGAUUUACCGUAUCUGGGCUCCGACUCCGGAGAGAGAACUGAUCGACUUCCUUUCCGAUCUUCCUUCCUCCGUCGGAGUAUCAAACACAGACGAUAUUCCAAAUAUUAUCAAGUUUUAUUCAAGUUUUUCUCCGAACUAUCCCCUGGAGAUGAGACCCUGGCUGAGUCUAAGCACACUAGCUAUUGCGUGCGGAUGGGAGUUAGCGUGCACCAACGUCAACGCUCUCAGUUUCAGUUUGACCGGCGGAUUGCUGGAUGACAGGUCAUUUCGGGCGGACGGAGAAUGGUGUUUGCCUUGGAGCGAUCUUCCAACAGAGUUUAAAGUUUUUGCUGUUGGCGAUAUAAAACUUUGCUACAUGGGUUUUAUUAUUCUCACUGCAACCCUUAUCAGAGAUACGUUUCCCGAUCCAGAUUCAUUGGGGUUCAUUACUCUGGAUAAACCUCAGUUUGAAUUAACCAGAAAAUUUUGUUCAUACAUCGUACAUUCAUUCCGAAGACUCAGUGUGAAUGAGAAAUUGAGAGCUGAUCCAGAAACCAAAUCUAGAUUAGAUCUACUAAAUUGCAUUAGAGAGAGAGAUGAGAAGACCGGUUUAUUUUUACCUGGAAUUCCCCACGGGGUCAAGGUUUGGGGUGAACUUCUUCAAUCCUGGCCCGCCCUAACCCUGGGGGGACCCAGAUAUCUGCUACAGGCAAGGAUUCACAUCAUCCAUCAGUACAACGUGCUAACCAGGAGUGAAAAUAAGGGUUGGGAGAAUUUUUUUGUUCCUGAACUAACCAUUUCCAUGAUUAAAUAUCUCAGCUUCGGUCGGUCUUUAGAGUCGAUCAAAAGUUGUGAUUUUAAUGACCCAGUACCUAUAGAUGAACCUGGACUCCUUCAUCAUAUUCUCCUGGGAUCUGUUGGACCUCUUAACCCCGCAAGGGUCCAGGUUGAAGAUCUGGAAAGGUUGGCGAUGGUCCCUCAACGAUCUCAAGAAGCUGUUUACUAUGAGUGGGCUCGACUUUUCAGUCAUAGGUGUGUGGAGAUAUUUGAACGUUUGUUGGACCCUGCUGAUCCGAACUCAGUAAACCAAAAUCCUCUCAAGAUUAAGGAUCAACUAGAGUUCUACGAACACCUUCGUCUUAUGUUCUUCAGGUUGACCGACAAGCAACCAGAGUUGGUUGUUUGGAUUGAGGUCCUUCUUCUUGGGAAACUUAACAAAAUCUCCCAGAGAGAAAUGAUGGAGUUUGAGGAGGCUAAGAUGAUGUUCGAAGCGAGACUGAAAAGGUUUAAUUUUCUACAGAAUAAAGUAAAAAUUGGCUUAGGAACGUGUCGGGCAAAUAUGAGAUUGCCAGAUCUUCCCAUUCAAAAUCCUUUUAAGGAGGAAGAGAUCGAAGCUAACCAGAGUUCGGGGAAAAGAAAAUACGAGAGUGGCGUGGUCCCUAAGAUGAAUAUUCUAUCUCCUGAAAGAGUUGAGUUUCCUGAAAAAUUCAGUAAGGGUGAAUCUGGAAGAAGAGGCGAGAUGGAAAACCCCGGGGCUUUUAAUUCUGAAAUACCAAUAAAAAGGGAUAGAAAUGAGCCAAAGAUGAAUGCUAGAGACCGGGAUUCGUUCGAACCUAGGGAUUUGAAUUUCAUGAGAAACAAUACAAACCGAUUGGAAAUUCACGGAGCAAACUUCAGUCCACAAGUUGCAGGAAGGAUUGAUCGACAAGAUCACGAGUAUAGACUUGAGGAACAGAACCGGGUUGAACCGAUGAAAUACCCAACAGAUAACGUGGAUAUUGCCAACUCAAGUUUCUGGGAUCGACAAGCAUACAAUAAUGGGGGAAGAAAUAGAAGAUUUGAUGAAUCCGAGCUGGAUGAAGGUUCAAGAGUACGGAGCAUGUUCGAACAACAAGAUUUAACAGCAUCAAUUCGGUAUAAAGAGAUUAGAUCUAGAACGGAGGUUGAUGAUAUUUCUCUUCUAGCUCAAAAAGAUCGUCGGCAACCAUCGAUCCCCAGAAACACAGAUAGAGGUAGAGUAUUUCUACAUGAGGAGAACCAAACCGGGUCAAGAGAGUCUGGACGAGGUUCAGAGAGAAGACGAGAUCGGGUUAGUAGUGAUUCAGAUAUUGAAUGGAUCGAAACAUAGAGAAAGUAAGAGACGAUGUUCUUGAAUCUGAUCUAAGUUAAAAUAUGUGAAUAAUUGUAACAUUGUGAUUUUUGUUCUUCGUAUAUGAGCAAAUUCGUGUUGUUUGUUUGUGAAACGUAUUCAAUAAAAUAGAUGUUACUUAU